CUUUAUACUAUAACUGUUAGGAUUAGCUUAAAUUUGAUAUAUUUGAUUUUAUUCAUAAAAAAUAGAAGAAAACAAAAUGGAUCCGCGAGCAACUACAUUUGCAGAUGAAAGUUUGAUGAGUUCUAUAAAAUCUGGUAACUCAAAACUUGAUGAAAAAAUUAAAGAUUAUCUUUAUUGGGAUCGGAAUGAAAGUACAUUCAAUGAAAUCAAAAGUCUAGUAUUAUCUCACAACUAUGAAGAGUUAGAGAAAAAAGUUUUAACAAGACUAGAAUUUGGAACAGCUGGACUCAGAGCAGCUAUGGGUGCAGGAUUUUCUAGGAUGAAUGACUUGACUGUUAUUCAAACAACACAGGGUCUUUGUGCAUAUCUUUUUAAAGAAUUUUCUAACUUUAAAUCUGAUGGUGUAGUUAUUGGUCAUGAUGCCCGUCAUAAUAGUCACAGAUUUGCUAGGUUGGCUGCUUCCGUUUUUCUUAAUGCUGGGGUUAAAGUGUAUUUAUUUUCUGACAUUGUCCCCACUCCAUAUGUUCCAUUCUCUGUACUUAAAUAUAAAUGUGCAGCUGGUGUGAUGGUAACUGCAUCACAUAAUCCUAAACAAGAUAAUGGUUAUAAGGUUUAUUUUUCCAACGGAUGCCAGAUAAUUCCUCCACAUGAUGAGCGAAUUUCUGAGAGCAUAUUUGCUAACUUAACUCCUUUAGAUAGUUCAUGGGAUGAAAUUUUUUACAAGACUAGUGAUUUGUGUCUUGAUCCACUCUCUGAAGUGCAUAAAGCAUACAUGUCUGCAAUUCAGAUUCAUUGCCACAACAGGGAUAUUAAUAAGAAUAGCAGUCUAAACAUCACGUACACAGCUAUGCACGGUGUUGGUGAAAAAUAUGAAAUGGAUGCUUUUAAAGCAUUUUCCUUGAAACCAUUUUAUACUACUGAGGCUCAGGCAAAACCUGACCCUGAAUUUCCAACUGUUAAAUACCCAAACCCUGAAGAAGGAAAAGGAGCUCUGAAGUUGGCUAUAGAAACAGCUGAAGCAAAUAAUAGUUCAUUUAUAAUAGCAAAUGAUCCAGAUGCAGACAGAUUAGCAGUUGCAGAGAAACUAAAAAAUGGAAGUUGGAAAAUUUUCAAUGGUAAUGAAGUUGCUUUCUUACUGGGAUGGUGGGCUUUUAAGAAUCACAAAAACAAACAUCCAGAGCUUUAUCCAAGUGACUCAAUAUAUAUGAUAUACAGUACUGUUUCCUCGCGUGCAUUACGAACAAUGGGUGAAAUUGAAGGAUUCCAGUUUGAGGAAACAUUGACUGGAUUUAAAUGGAUGGGAAACAAAACCACUGAACUGCAUGAAAAAGGCAAAACUGUAUUGUUUGCUUUCGAAGAAGCUAUUGGUUACAUGUUUGGUACCCAGGUCUUAGAUAAAGAUGGUAUUAGUGCUGGAGUUAUCAUGUCUGAGUUAGCUUGUGUUUUGCACAAUGAGGGAAUAACUGUUGCUGAACAGCUAGAGAAACUUUAUGAAAUGUAUGGCAUACAUAUAAGCAACAACUCUUAUUACAUAUGUUAUGAUCAAGCAACAAUUAAAAAAAUUUUUCACCGCAUGAGGCAUAUGAACAAUGGAAAGUUUCCUGUUGCUGUUGGUCCUUUUGAUGUUUUAAAUGUGCGGGAUUUAUAUGGCAUUGGUUUUGAUAGCAGUCAACCAGAUAACAAGCCAAUUCUUCCAACAAGUACCUCUGGUGAAAUGAUUACAUUUACAUUUAACCAAGGAUGUGUUGCCACUAUACGCACUAGUGGAACUGAACCCAAGAUAAAAUAUUAUUCUGAAAUAUUUACUAAACCUGGUGAUGGAAUGAGUCGUGUAGACGCUCAAGCCAAAAUUGAUAGUCUUAUCAAAUAUCUCGUAGAAGAACUUCUUCAGCCAGAUGAAAAUAAUUUGAUUGCGCGUGCUGAUUAGCAAAACUUUGUUUCCUUUUAUCUUAAAUGGUUUUGGAAUUUUAUUUAGUGAGAUAAGUGUACCCUAUAAUACCGAAUAAUUGUCCCUUUCCGAA